AUGGCCAUUUUCAGAGGUAAGAGUGCAAAGAAAGCACCCACAAAGGCAGGACAAAUAGAUGUCAAAAUAUCUUCCAAGGAUGCCCAACAAUUCAAGAUGCACACUGCCAAUGUCCAUGAUCCAAUUUUAAAAGCCGUCAAUGAAGAUCAACCUUUUGAACAAGCAGCAAGACACGAUAACAGAAGACCAUCAUAUUUGAGUCAAGAUUCUGGUAACUUGAAGGACAUUUUCGGUAAUCCAAUCAGACAAGCUGAUAUGUCCAACCCUACCAGAGAAAGAAACGAACGUCCCUUGGACACUAUUAGAGGAUUUGAAUAUGCCAUUACUGGUGAUGUAGGAUAUCGUGACCAGUUGGAAUCUCAUAGAUUAGGAUGGGGAUUCCACGAAGAUUUUCCAUAUUACAAUUUGGCUAGCGGCAACCAACAACGAAGCAAUGAAUUUUCUAGACCUGUGAUUAAUUUCGAUCAACCGGUGUACCAAACUGGAAACUAUAGUGCCAGUAGUUUACAAGGAGACGGUGGUAAAAAAGCCAAGAAAAAGAGAGGUUUAUUUGGAAGAAAGAAGUAG